GAGAAAACUAAACUCAACAGAAGUGCAGACAUGUUCGUUGCUACUAUGCAUCUUUCUCCAGUUUCUAUAUUCUGAACACCAAGCGCCGAGGAACCAUCUCGUCCCUGCAAUCGUGCUAAGUCAAAUAUUCAUAGUUAGCCCUCACUAUUGUUAAAGCCCACCUCAACUAUUUAAGUCUGUAAUUUCACUGUACAUAAGCGCGGAAUCCGCUUGCUAGUAUUUUUGUGAAUAGAUGAACGGCCGAUUGCAUAACGAUCUGAAAGAUGCUGAUGUGGAGCAGGGCAUCAAGGAUACUAUUUGGACUUCUGCAAGACUAUUGCAGUAUCUGCAAAUGCAAGAUUUGCAGAAGAAGCAAGAGGAUGCUUCUGGGCAAAUGGGGAUGAAAAGAUCAACCGGACCUCUAUCUACGAAAUCCGUACGAUUUUCUCUCUACAGUAAUCCGACUGAGCUGCCACCAAUUAAACGACAUGUGAACACGAACAAUGUGAAGAAUAUCAUAUCUGAUUGGAUAUACUUAGCCGUACUAGGCGUUUGUACGGCAUUUUUGUCUAUACUCGUAGAUAUGAUAAUAUAUUACUGUCAAGAAGUGCAAGCACUGACGUAUCCUUCGAUUGAGAGCAAAAUCCCAAUGUGGACUUGGAUUCUAAGUUUUUUCUCGUGGUGUACGUAUAUGGUCGGAUUAACAUGUUGUGCUGCUACAUUUACCCACUAUGUCUCGCAACAAGCAAUUGGAUCUGGUAUUCCUGAAAUGAAGACGAUAAUUCGUGGAGUGCGGCUGAAGGACUACUUGACAUUUCGGACAUUGGUGUCAAAAGUCUUUGGUGUCGCCAUGGCGUUAGCCAGUGGAAUCCCAAUCGGAAAACUGGGUCCGUUUGUACACAUUGGGUCGGUGGUGUCCAACCAAUUGGCGAUUUUGGCUUCAAAAUUCGAUGUUGCAUUUGCAAGCGAGACAAGAAGGGCCGAAUGCUUGGCUGCUGGCUGUGCCGUUGGAGUUGCCUGCACGUUUAGUGCACCUGUUGGUGGAGUACUGUUCUCAAUCGAAGUCACAACAAUGUAUUUCUCAGUACGUAGCUAUUGGCGUGGAUUUUUUGCAGCAUGUUGUGGAGCAAUCACGAUACGUUUGCUUAGAGGGUUUGUAGCACAAACAGAAGUUACGGUGAACGCGUUCUUCCAAACGAGUUUCACACCAGAUGCUUUUGUCGUCGACGAACUUCCAUUAUUUGCUGUACUCGGAAUAGUAUGCGGUGUAUUAGGUGCGGUAUUUAUAACAAUCUAUCGAAAUGCUGUACUGUUUCUGCGAAACAAUAAGUAUGCCAAGCGGAUUUUCCAACAACAUUGGAUCGUCUAUCCGGCCUUCAUUUCAUUUCUGUACAGUAUUGUGUCUUUCCCGCACGGUUUAGGAAUGUUCGCCACGGGCAGGCUCAAAUUUGGAAUGAACCUCAAGGACUUCUUCAGUAAUUGCACCUUCUCUGAACCUGCUGAAUCAUUCCUUGCCUGCAGAACAGGUGAUGUCUACAUUCACUGGUUACAUCAUGAGGAAGACGUGCUCGGAUUUCUUGCGUUAUUUGUACUUACACAUCUAGUUUUUUCCUCAGUCUGCAUGAGUUUACCUAUUCCAUCCGGCGUUUUCAUGCCUAUUUUUGUCAUCGGUGCGUCUAUUGGUCGACUUUUUGGUGAGAUGGUCGCUGUUACUAUACCUCCUUUAGUGGGAACAAUGAAUAUUUAUCCUGGCGUCUACGCUGUCGUUGGGGCAGCCAGCUUUUCUGCUUCUGUGACGCAUACCGUAUCCGUAUCGGUAAUGAUGUUCGAGAUAACAGGACAACUGCACUGUAUCCUGCCAGUCAUUAUGUCCGUUUUGAUAUCUAACGCUGUCUGUGCAUAUUUGACGCCCUCAUUCUUCGACACCAUAAUCAAGAUCAAGCAUUUGCCUUUUCUUCCUGAUAUACCACCUUCAAGCAAUGUAGUUCACAUAGUUCAAGCAGAGAACAUUAUGGUUUCUCCAGUGCAAUUUGUUACAAAAAUCAUAAGCUAUGCGGACAUCCAACAAACGCUUAUGGAUGGUGACUUCAGAGUAUUUCCAGUGGUCGAUUCAGCAGAAUCGCAAAUGCUUAUCGGUACGAUUUCUCGAAGCUGUCUGACAGAGCUUUUGGAAGCACAGGUCGGAGAGGAGGCCAGAAAAGAAGAAGCAGGUCGUCGCGUGAGGAAGGCUAUCGAAACUAUUGACAUGCAUUUCAGAACAUCGUUCAAAGAGAUAUUUGAACAAUCAAGCAAGUCUCCUAGUCCUACUAAUACCAGAACAAAGUCUGAAUCAAGUUUGCCUAAAUUCAUGCCAACUCCGCCGAGCACGUUAGCACAUGAAGACGAAAAGAAGUCGCAUAAAAACAAGAACAGAUUUACUGUCUCCCCUGGACACAUCGAACCGGCAAACCGUAAAAGUUCUCCUACGAGGAGAAAUGCGUUUUGCAGUCUUGAGACAGGAGACAAAACAAAAGAAGAAGCAGAAGAGGAUGAGAAGUCGUGUGGAUCCGACCGAAUCCAGCUAAAACAACAUUUGACUUUGCAUGGCAUCGACUACCAUACAGUUGUCAAAAGCUACAUGCGACAAGCAAAGAAAUAUCUGCACCACAUGCAAUUCGGCCACUCGAAACCCGAGCGAAAACCAUUGUACAUGUAUGACCUGUCAGAUGAAGAGCAAAGACACUGGGAAGCGGCUCGGCUUGCUGAAGAAGUCGACUUGACGGAAGACGUUGAUCCAGCACCCUUCCAGAUUGUGAAGAAGACAUCUCUGUUCAACAUCCACUCCAUAUUUUCAAUGCUGCAGCUCAGCCGAGUGUAUGUCACAGAGAGGGGACGACUGAUCGGUGUUAUUUCACUUAGCGAUUUGAGAGAAGAAUUGGAACGACACUCAGGCAAGGAAAAACCAGCAACGACAGAAAGCAUUGUACGGCAGGGUAUGGCUGCACAUGCAGCUAGAACAGCACCUCUACUUCAGAGGUCCACCACUGUUGUCGAUAUUUUGACACCCAUGCCGGAGGUUGUGAAUUGGAAUGCCUUCGACCAAUCAUCCGAUGAUGACUCAGUCAGAUCAGAUCCGACGACGCCACAAUUGCCACCGCACCUAUCUCGGCGCAGAUCAUCCCAUAUCGUCGAAAGGGUCCUAACAGAGAGAUCCACGAGAUCGGCAAGGAGCGAAUUACCGAGACUAGGAACUUCGCAUGAAGAGAAACAAGCAGCUAGUCAACACGAAGACUUCGUUGAAGCAGUAGCAUAUCUACGCAAGAAGUCGCUAACACCGGAUCAGUUCCGAACACUGCAAACGCCUUUCAUGUAGAUAGACGAGAGACUCGAGCGUGUAGUCAAGUUGUUUGUUAACGUUUAUUUGGAAGAUUUCUUUGUCUGUGCCUUGGUAUGAAAUACCAUUAAAAUAAAUU